GAUUGUUUGCCGAGGCAACAGACACUUUGUCAAAUGACAGUUAGUGUUCCCAUACGAUAUUACUGAUGUAAUAUUAAUAAUGAUUUGGUUGAUUCUAACUUAAUUAGUGAAAUAAAAACAUAUUUUUAUGCAUUUGAAAUGUUGUAUCAUUAUGUUUUGGUAAUGAAAUGCACGAAUAUUGUAAUAUACGAUGGAUUUUAAAAGUUAUUGGGAACACUGCUAAUAUAGGACUUGCCCGUAACCAGCCUAGGCUUGCAGCAAACGGCUGUUAAUCGACAUCUCUGAAGAACUUUCACUGAAUGAAGACUUUUAAACUGCAACCGACAUUGCAUGGACUGUGCUGAAAAUUUGUGUUAAGAUUUUUGCUUUCGAUCUACUGUACGAUUCCCAGCAGUUAUGAUGGCAACUUGUAUGAACAAUUUCAAACACAACAAUAACAUUGGCAACGAUAUGUCUCCCCAUCAAGUUGACCAAUCACAGAUGGGCAACAAAAUUUCAGACUAUGAGGUCACAAACUUACUUGGAAGAGGAGCUUUCGCUUGUGUAUAUCGAGCGAAAUGUCGACUGACGAAUAGAGAAGUUGCCAUAAAAGUUAUCGAUAAAAAAACAAUGCGUAAAUCUGGCAUGGUUGUUCGAGUGAGAAAUGAAGUUGAAAUACAAGCACAAUUGAAACAUUCUUCUAUAUUGGAGUUAUAUCAUUGUUUUGAAGACACUGUUUAUGUUUAUCUAGUCUUGGAAUUAUGUCUCAGUGGAGAACUCAGUCGCUAUGUAAAAACUAAGGGAAAGAUGUCGGAAGAUCAAGCAAGGAUAUUCAUGCAUCAAAUUGUCGAUGGAAUGCUACAUCUUCAUGCACACGGCAUAAUACAUCGGGAUUUAACAUUAUCCAACAUGCUACUUGAUGAUUCAUUAAACAUAAAAAUUGCAGAUUUUGGACUUGCAACAAAACUUUCGAUGCCAACGGACAAACAUUUUACGAUGUGUGGAACACCUAAUUUUAUCUCACCUGAGAUUGCUACAAGGAGUGCGCAUGGUCUUCAAUCUGAUGUUUGGUCACUGGGAUGUAUGCUUUAUACUUUCUUGGUGGGGAGUCCACCAUUUGAUACUGAUGCUGUGAAAUCAACACUAAACAAAGUGGUUUUAGGUGAUUAUCAAUUUCCACCAGAUCUAGGUGAAAAUGCUCGUGAUUUAAUUCAGAGAUUGCUUAGAAAAAAUCCAAGCGAUAGGAUUACAUUGUCAGCAGUAUUGGAUCAUUCUUUCAUGACAAAUGAAUGGGAAGGUAAAGAUCAUGAAGAUUCUAUUGAUAGUGGUCUCGCUACAAUGACAACUAAUUCAACAAAUUGGUGCAGCAGAGUAACUGGUAGUAAGUCAACACCCAACACAGCAUCGAGGCUUCCCCCUCGUACAAGACCAUUCAUUGUACCUCAUCCCAACAGAGCCGAAAUGUGCCCAACACGAAAACAAUCAGACUCUUCUUCAUGUAAUAAUAUGUGUGAAUGUGAAAAUUGUUCUGGAUAUCAUUCGUCAUCAACACCAUGUCAUAAAAACAGUGGCAAAUAUUGCACUCAGGUUUCCGAAUCAUGCCGAGGAAAAAAUAACUCUCACCAAAAGCAAGAGAAUGCUCGAGAAAAUGACUCAUGUAAAUCAUAUCUUAGCUCGGAACAUCUUUUGCCUUCUAAACUCAACCCCCCUAAGAAAGUGCGAGAAAAUUCACCCGGUAGAGUUCUCCAACCCCGUAAUUUAAAUUAUGAGAGAGGAAAAAGUUACUCUAAUCCUCAAUUUCAUCUCAACUCAGAUGAGUGGAAAUCCGAAAAUUCUCACUCACAACUCAACACUCAGCGUACAUGUUCAGAUAUGAGCAGUACUACCGAAAACACUAAAUUUACACAAAGGACUGCUAAAUACGAACCACAUUUCUAUAAAUCGAACUCAAACCACUGGCAUGGUAGUAGUCCUUCUUUAAUAUCAAUGGACAAUAAUAAUCAUUUACAAAGCGAUCGUAAAGGCGGUAACUGUAGUUGUUGUAACUCCGGCUCAUAUUGCUUUUCUCAUCGUGGUAUGGAAGGUUUAAAUAAGUAUAAAAGUUGUGAGAGUCUUUCUCAAGUUGGGUCAAGGCGUAAUGAAAAAGCAUACAGCGACCCUUAUUCUAGUACUUGUUCUCUUCAAAAAAUUCCGCAAAAAUUGGAAUCUGCUUCUGGCAGAAAUGAAGGAAGAUAUCAGGAACAUAGAAACCGGGAUGAAAAUGCCAUUUCACAUUGUCGAAACGGGAACAAUAAAGAAAAUAUUGCAAAACCUGAAAUUACAAGAUCGCACCAUAAUCCAUCUCAUUCUACGACAGAUUCUAAUAUGAAAACGAGCAAACCACCGUCUGUAAAAUCCGACUCAAGUCGUAAUGGUAAGAAAGAACCUCUUCCUACAAUCAACUCAAAAAGAUUACGGGCAAUUCGACAAAAGACAAAAAAUUCUGUUUUGAGCAUCCUUGAUAGUGGAGAAGUUUGUCUUGAGACAGUUAAAAUCCGGAGUGGAAAAGAAGUUACCACUGAGGUUUUGAGGAUUUCUGAAGAUGGGAAAAACAUCAAGAUAUACACUCCAAAAUUGAAAACCGAUGAUAAUGGUAAUGACCGAGUGCCAUCACCAACUCCCGAAUGUUCAGACUUCACUCCAGAAAAUGUUCCAAGUCGAUAUAUGAAUAAAUAUCGAUAUCUCGCAAAGUUUGUCACCCUCGUUCGUUCCAAAACUCCAAAAGUUACUUUAUUCACAAGUAAAGCAAAAUGCAUGUUGAUGGAAAAUGAUCCAAAUGCUGAUUUGGAAGUUUGUUUUUAUGAUGGGUCUAAGAUUCAUCAGACAAAAGGAAAAACAAAAAUUAUUGACUCAACAGGAAGACUUAUGACAUUAGAUUCUCAAAGUACAGCAUCAAGUUCAAGCAUUUAUAGUGAUUGCGAUGUCGGUAAACUUCCAAUUGAGUUACAAGAUAUGGUACGACAUGCAAUGCAAGUGCGACAAAAAUGUCUAAAUCUGGAAUCUGCGAUUAAUAUUAUGGAAUCUACAGAUAAAAAGUCAUCUUAUUUUCCAAUCACAGUGUCAAGGAGACCAGCCCAUGUCGCCAACACGAAUGCUAACAAAGCAAGUGGGUCAUCGUCACAAUCAUCCAAUACUCGUCCAACAACUCCUCCCAAGAAAGACAGAGGUCCCACACAAUCCUCUGUACCACCAGAUUGUCUCUCCCCCAACAGUCUUCCAUCACCUUCUGUAGCACUCACAACAUCACCAAGUAUUGCUCCUCCUAUUCGAAUCACAGAAUCCGUACUGUCUUAUAAUACAGUAGCUACUGGCGUAAGUUCGAAAUUAGGUCCGAAAACAGGAAGAAGUCUGCCUGUGACACCGAAUUCUAGAACAUCAGCUAAAUCUACAUUAUCAGAUGGGAUGAGGCCAGCACAAAGACAGUUAUCUUUUGUACCGCUUGCAAAUGAAAACGAUGUCGUUAAAUCAGUAAAUAUACCGAACAUUGGAUUUGCAUCUCAUCUAAGAUCUGGUGAUAUAUGGGUUCAAUAUCAUGACCAAUCACAAAUAAUGGUUCAGUCAUCUGCUACUAAAGUUUUAUAUUCUCAUCCUAAUGGAAAAGUCGAGAGGUUUGGUCAGACUGUUCGACUACCGGAAUAUGUGAAAGACAAACUGGCUCAACUUCCUUAUGUUGUAGAAUUAUUAGUAAGGCAAACAUAGCAAUAUAGAAAUAGCCUGCGAUCUCUAUUUAUUUUUAGAAAUUAUCUAUAUUACACAACAAAUGGUCUUGUAUAAUCGGAGUUUUAUAGAUGAUAACUGGAUAUGCUUUUUAGGACUUUAAAAAUGGUAUAUUUUAUUUUUAUUUGGGAGCAAAAUUGAUUAUGGAAUUGGUAUAUUAAGCAGUUUUAAUGCUCUAUAUUUUGAAAAUGCAAAUUAUUUCAAAACCUAAAUUUCAGUCAUAUUUAUAUUUUGGUCUUUUAUUUGUGCAGAACGUUUAAAAAAUAUAGUGGUAAUUUCUGCUUAAUUAUGAUUGAACGACCAUUAUGAAAAAUCAUAUCAUAUAUUGGUAUUGCUGCUUUUAUUGAAGAUUCAUUUUUAUUAAUAUUAUUCUUUUACUGCUAGCUCGUUAUAACAUACUGUACCACUUAUUAUAUUACUAGUGACUUAUAUUUUACUAAGAGGUUAUGUUACUUUAUAGUGUUUUAGUGGAUAAUUGUUAUGAAAGUGUUAUUCCAGUUUUAGCUUUAGCUGGAACAGUACUGUAUAGAAAAACUCGAAAGAAUAAUUUUAAUCUAUUUCUUUGCCUUAUGUGUGGCUGAUUUUACUCCCCUUGGCUGAUCCUAAUAUUAUUAGCGAUACAUACUUAAACGGACGUAUUUUAAUGAUAAUAGCGUCAGAAGUCUGGGAAUACUAUUUUAUACCUUUUACAACUUAUAAUACAAGUGUAAACCCUCUAUUUUAUUCUUCAAACCUCGAUAAAAAAACUUUUUUACAAAAAUUAGAUAGUAAAAUUAUUUUUAUUUUGAAUAAUGUAUUUUGUCAUGCAGUAUAUCAAUACAAAUAUAUUAAUUACUAUUAUAUGUUGUUUAAUAAAAAGAAAGAAUGCAUCA